AUGUAUGACAGGUUGAAGUUUUUAGAUCAUCCGAAAGAGGACCAGGAUCGUGUCGAGAAGAGUGAUUUGUCGAAGGAUAAGAAACCGCUAACAUCUAUACCUUCUAAUUCUGGUGCACAAAGUGUUGGUGCUGUUAACCGAUUGCCUGGCGCAAAUAAUGCAAAAGGUGAGGAAGAUAAGCCAGGAACAGCUGCUUCGGUAUCUCAUGUACAUUGUAGCUCAGCUCCAUUGCUUAGCUCUCAAGCACAGUCUCAAUCUCAUAAUGUCGGAGGCUCAAUUUUGGAUCAGCUCCUUCCAGCAAAACAAAAUGGUUUGAAUUUGAUUGAUUUUUUCAUUUUUGCUCGCCAAAUUCUAUCUUUUCGCUUUUCAGCAACUGAAAACGAUGACAGUAAAGGAGUAGUGAAGAAUAUGGGUGGUUGGGAUAAUCUGGCUAAGAAGAGUCAGUGUGCAGCCCUAAAAGUUGAUGCUACAGCGCAGUUUGAAUUAUUCCGCAAGCAAGCGAAACAAAAGGAAGAUAGACGAAGGCAGCUGAAGGAUGAAGAAGAAAAACGAAGGAAAAUUAAAGAGCAAGAAGAACGAGAUCGUAGGGAACAGUCUAACACUGCUGAUAACUCGUCGCUUGAUGACGAGCGUCUGAUGCGUCAGAGAGAGCAGCUAGUUUCGGUGCAGAGAGUUGAGAUUUGGUUUGCUUGGAGGUGGUUUUAUUACGGAGUUGUGAUUGUAGGAACGCCGAAGACGGGAAGCCUUGAGUGGUGCGUCAGACGUGACCAGCCAGAUGGAUUUGAUGAUGAAUUUUGA